AGUGUGGUAGGACAAAAAUUCCCAUUUCAUGACACUGUUGUGAUUGUCUGGGAGUGAGUUUACUACUGCUCUCUCCAUCUCCGUCUAGUAUCUGUAUCUGGAUUUUCCCUUUCAAGAAUUCAAGGAAGAGCGUCGACGAAACAAUGGUCACCGCCGGAGUACGACGUUUGAGAUCGCUGCUGGAACUACACAAGUGCGGCUGCCGCCGAUUCUGCUUCUCUCUUACACGCCGCUUUUCUUCAUCCAGCCCCACCUCUCAUCUCUUUGAAAAGAUCGGAUUUAUAGGGCUAGGGAAUAUGGGAUCAAGGAUGGCUGAUAAUUUGAUUAAGGCUGGAUACGAUGUUGCCGUUCAUGACAUCAACCAUGAUGUAAUGAAGAGUUUUUCUAACAAAGGAAUUCCCACAAAAGGAUCACCUGUUGAAAUUGCAGAAGCCAGUGAUGUUGUAAUUACAAUGUUGCCAUCAUCAAACCAUGUACUUGAUGUCUAUACUGGACCAAAUGGUUUGCUAAUGGGUGGAAAUUCAGUUAGACCAUGGCUAUUUAUAGAUUCUUCUACAAUUGACCCGCAAACAUCAAGAAAUGUCUUUGGGGCUGUCUCUGACUGCUCUUUGAGAGAGACGAAGGUGUCCUUGCAUUUUAAUAUUUUUGGCAAACUGAUCUUUUCCUUUAUAGUUGGCCAGGAGGCUCCCUCCAUGCUGGAUGCUCCUGUGUCUGGUGGUGUUCUUGCAGCAGAGACUGGAAGUCUUACUUUCAUGGUUGGUGGAUCAGAAGAAGCUUACAUAGCUGCAAAUCCCUUGUUUCUGUCAAUGGGCAAGAACUCAAUUUAUUGUGGUGGAUCGGGAAAUGGUUCAACAGCAAAAAUUUGCAACAACUUGGCAAUGGCUGUAAGUAUGCUUGGGGUAUCAGAAGCCUUUGCCCUUGGUCAAUCGCAAGGGAUUGCAUCAAGUACUCUAACAAAAGUAUUUAAUUCUUCAAGUGCUCGCUGUUGGAGCAGUGACACAUAUAAUCCUGUGCCUGGUGUGAUGGAUGGGGUGCCCUCUUCAAGGAAUUAUGAAGGAGGUUUCAUGUCCAAGUUGAUGCUUAAAGAUCUAAAGCUUGCUCAAACAUCAGCUAAAAAUGUAGAACUAAGAUGCCCUUUGACAUCACAAGCAGAGGAGAUAUAUGCAAAGCUCUGCAAUGAUGGUUACGAGGCCAAAGACUUCUCCUGUGUUUUCCGGUAUUAUUAUUCUGGAAAGGAUGAGUAGUAAACUACGAGAAAUUGCUUUAAGUAGCUAAACAAGUUGAGAUCUUCUGCAAUUGGAUCUGGAAAAUGGGGGCUCAUGAUUGAUUGAUUGAUUUCCAAGUAGAUGUUCCUCUAUUAUUGUAUUCAUAUGCAGUGCACAUUCAUACUAGUAAAUGUUUGAAGGAAUUGUUCUUACAUUUGUGUUCAUACUUAACCAAAUAACAACAUUAUGGUGUCAUCCAUUAUUUGUGUGAAAAAUCUUGUUGUC